GGCAGCGGCAAGAGAACCACAGCGCUGCGAGGCAGCCAUGUCGCUAUUGUCUCUGUUUCUGCCUGCUCUGCGAGUCUAUUGUAUCGCCUUCCACGUCGUGCUGCAUCAGUUGCUCCGCCGCCUUCGCCCGGGCUGCCCUUUCAAGCCAGGUACUCAUUAAUGAGUGAAGAGUCAAAAGAUUGGGACAGUGGCCAAGAAGCAAUGGAGAAUAAAAGUUUGGAAACUUCACCAUCAGACCUAAAGUUAGUGGCCCAUCCAAGAGCAAAGAGUAAAGUCUGGAAAUACUUUGGCUUUGAUACCAAUGCAGAAGGAUGUAUAUUACAGUGGAAGAAAAUUUACUGCCGUAUUUGCAUGGCGCAGAUUGCCUAUUCAGGAAAUACGUCCAACCUCUCUUAUCAUCUUGAAAAGAAUCAUCCUGAUGAAUUCUGUGAAUUUGUGAAAAGUAACACUGAGCAAAUGCGGGAGGCCUUUGCAACUGCAUUUUUAAAACUCAAGCCAGAAUCAUCUCAGCAGGUUGUUCAGGAGACCUUAAUUAUGAAGACAAGUCACAACUAUGAGAACAAAAAGCAUCAGGAACUGACGUCUGCCGUGAUCAGUCUAAUAUGUGAGGGCUUAUAUCCUCCUUCUAUUGUAGAUGAACCCACAUUCAGGAAUCUUUUGAGGACUGCUGACCCCCGAUAUGAACUUCCUUGCAGGAAGUAUUUCUGCACAAAAGCGAUUCCUGAAAAAUACAACGCUGUUAGGGAUAUUGUGCUAAAAGAACUUACUGAUAUCCUGUGGUGUGGCAUAUCCACUGAUAUGUGGAGAAGUGAAAACCAGAAUAGAUCCUACGUAACACUGUCAGUUCAUUUUCUCAGCAAUGGCUCAUCUAACUGCCUGUCUGCUAAUUCCAGGUGUUUAAAAACAUUUGAAGUGCCAGAAGAAAACACUGCAGAGACUAUUACGCGAGUCCUUUAUGAAAUAUUCAUUGAAUGGGGAAUAAAUACAAAAGUUUUUGGUGCAACGACAGACUAUGGGAAAGACAUAACAAAAGCUUGCGCUCUUCUGGACAUUCUAGUGCAGAUGCCUUGCUUGGGGAAGACUUUUAAUGCAGGGAUUCAGCAAGCUUUUCAGCUUCCUAAACUGUCUAGUCUCCUGUCCAGAUGUUGUAAACUGGUAGAAUAUUUUCAGCAAUCUGCGGUAGCCAUGUACAUGUUGAGUGAGAAGCAGAAGCAGCAAAACAGUAUGCACUGCAUGCUUGUGAGCGAUCGUAUUUCCUGGUGGGGUAGCACACUUGCUAUGUUGCAACGUCUUAAAGAGCAACAGUUCACUAUUGCUUCUGUCCUUGUGGAGGACAGCAACAAUCACCAUCUCAUGUUGGAAGCCAGUGAAUGGAAUACAAUUGAAGGCUUGGUGGAGCUACUCCAGCCAUUCAAGCAGGUUGCUGAGAUGCUGUCUGCUUCCAAAUAUCCAACCAUAAGUAUGGUGAAACCCCUCCUGCACAUGCUGCUAAAUACGACAUUAAGUAUCAAAGAAAAUGACUUGAAAGAAAUUAGCAUGGCCAAGGAAGUGAUUGCUAAAGAAUUAGCUACAACAUACCAGCAUACACCUGAGAUAGAUAUGUUUCUUAAUGUUGCAACUUUCUUGGACCCGAGAUACAAGAAAUUACCCUUUCUUUCUGUGUUUGAAAGGCAGCAGGUUGAAAACAGAGUAGUAGAGGAAGCAAAAAGUGUGCUAGAAAAAGUGAAAGAGAACACAUUUAGGCCUGAAGAACAGUUCUUUGCAGUUUCUGAAGAGCCACCAUUGAAAAAAGUGGCAGUUGCUUCUCCGCCUCCCCCUACCAGUGCUAUUAAUAAUAUGCUUGCAGAAAUCUUCUGCCAGACAGGGGGUGUUGAAGACCAAGAGGAGUGGCAUGCACAAAUAAUUGAAGAACUGAGCAAUUUCAAGUCCCAAAAAGUGCUUGGGCUAAAUGAGGAUCCACUAAAGUGGUGGUCUGACAGACUAGCUUUAUUUCCUGUUUUACCAAAGGUACUUCAGAAGUACUGGUGCAUUGUGGCCUCAAGAGUUUUCCCUGAGCGCCUUUUUGGCUCUUCUGCCAAUGUUGUUAGUGCUAAGAGGAACAGGUUGGCUCCAGCUCAUGUAGAUGAGCAGAUCUUUUUGUAUGAGAAUUCUCGAAAUGGGUCUGAGGCAGAACCGGAAGAAGAAGAUGAAGGGGAGUGGGGCUUGGAACAGGAGCAAAGUAUUAAUUUAAGUGACACAGCAAAUAUAAACAAUUUCUUCAACAUGCGAGAUAGUAGCUUCAUAUAAUUUGAAUAUAUCUGGUACUUUUUAAGCAUUAGAGAGUGCAUUUGUCUUAAAUUAUCAAAUUUAAUUUCUCAUGAUAAUAAUGUAAAUAGUGAAUGAUGUCACAUAGCUUUUGUCAUAAGUAUAUAUAAUAUGUGUGUGAGUGUGUGUAUAAAUAAUGUAUGACUCCUGUCGUAAGUCAUUGCUGUGACCUUUGAGUCCAAAACAAUGAGACAGGCUUGCAAAUUAAUUCUCAUGAAACUCUGGCUCAGUUUCUGCUGUCUUUGGUAGGAAACAGAAGUUAAAUAAUUGAAGUCAAAGGGUAACUUGUAAGCAAUUUAUGCAGCACUUUUUACCUUAUUGAGGGAUUCCCUGAAUGAAGACUUAAUGGAUUGUUCUAACUUGCUUGUAAAGCUAUCUGAAGUAGAACUUUUAAGUCUUAAAAGCUUUGUUUUAAAAAUUUGUUCUCACAAUGCGUCAAAUCAUCAGGAAUUAUUAAUUUUAAUGGAUUGCUUUACAUGUAGCAUUCCCUGGUAGAUUAAUUUUUGUGUUGGAAGCCAUAUGUGCCUAUGCUUUCUCUCUGUCUCUCUCUUUCUUUUUGUCCUGGUGGAUAUGGUAGAUUCCUGAUACAUGCUGUUGAGGUUCUGUGCGUCAGGUAACUGAAAGUAAAAUGAACAUGUGAAUUCACUGCACUAACACAUUUAAGCUGGGCUGUAAAUCAGGGCUCUUUUUCUAGCAGGAGCACCUCUGCAUAUUAGGGCACAUCCCCCUGAUGUAGCCAAUCCUCCAAGAGCUUAGAGGGCUCUUAGUACAGGGCCUACUGUAAGCUCCAGGAGGAUUGACUACAUCAGGGGGAGUGGCCUAAUGUGCAGAGGAACUCCUGCUAGAAAAAGAGCCCUGGCUGUAGUAAUAGCUUCUACACUGCAAAUUGUGAUUUUCUUUUUGUGUGUUAAAGGAUAUAACACCUGUACAAAUAUUUAAGAUUGAGCAAAGACCCGAUUCUUGAGCACAGACCCCAGUGUGGGGCCGCCAAGAGUCACCAUGGGUCCAUGAACAAAGAUUCCAUCUGGGCCCUCCCAUAUAACCCUGAUCUAAACCAAAUAUCAUAACAAAACAAAUCACUUUGCUUGCUCUUACCAUGAAUAAAAGAAUCGACCUAUGUUU